AUGGCCGGGGGUGCUACUAACGGUGUCAAUGGAGUGACAAAUGGCACCCAUGCAACUACAAAUGGAACAAAUGGAACGAAGUCGAGCACCAGCUCACCCCCAAGCCAGAGCACAGCUCCUCGAGCUAAGAGAGGAGAUGUUGAGGGCACUUUCGCAAAAUACGCCCAACUGAUUCAUGCCUCUAGACGCCCUUUGCCUAACCAGUCAGGAGAUGGCUCGUAUCUCAGAGAAGAGACCAAAUAUACCAGCACUCUUUCCGACCUGCGGACUAUGGGAUGGAAGGGCAUUUCCACUUUGCUGGCAGUCAGGAAACACAAGAAGAGUGGAAAGCUCGACAAUGAUCGAGAGUACAUUAUGGAGCGUGUUAUCAACCUCGUUGCAGGCCUUCCACCACAAUCGAAGAUGCGCAAGGACUUGACGAAUACUUUUGUGAAGCAGCUUUGGGACUCUCUCCUCCACCCUCCACCAACCAUGCUGGGCGAUGAUUACAAGUACAGGAGCGCAGACGGAUCUUACAACAACCCAAUGCUUCCAAUGCUGGGAGCAGCAAACACUCCUUAUGCUCGUUCCAUAAUUCCGGAGUCAAUCCAACUAGGAUCCCUUCCCGACCCAGGACUCAUCUUUGAUAGCAUCUUUGCGCGUGAGAAAUUCAAGCCUCACCCGAACGGAGUUUCUAGUGUCUUCUUCAACUGGGCGUCUCUGAUCAUCCAUGAUUUAUUCCAAACUGACUAUCGAAACCCUCACAUUUCGGAAACUUCUUCGUACCUCGACCUCUCCAUCUUAUACGGAGACAACCAAGAAGACCAGAACAAGGUGCGAACUUUCAAGGAUGGUAAACUAAAGCCCGAUUGCUAUUCUGAAGCACGUCUUCUUGCCUUCCCUCCGGCUUGCAGCGUUAUCCUCAUCAUGUUGAACAGAUUCCACAACUAUGCUGUCGAGCAGCUCGCCGCUAUUAAUGAAGGUGGCCGGUUUGCCAAACCAAGAAGUGGAAUGAGCCCAGAAGCCACUGAGAAGGCUUGGGCUAAAUAUGACAAUGACCUUUUCCAGACUGGACGAUUGAUUACUUGUGGACUAUACAUUAACAUCACACUUUACGACUACGUCCGUACCAUUAUCAACCUGACCCGCAGCAACACUACUUGGAGUUUGGACCCACGAGUUGGCAUGCGUGAGGGUGCAGUUCCUGAAGCUGCUGCUAGCGGAAUUGGUAACCAGGUCUCCAUGGAAUUCAACCUGGCUUACCGCUGGCAUUCUUGCAUUGGUGCUGCUGAUGAGGACUUCACCAACAACACUUAUCAACAGAUGUUCGGAAAGAGUGGUGAAGACCUCUCUAUUCCAGAGCUUGUUGGAGGACUGGGUAAAUGGCAGGCUAGCAUUCCUGAUGACCCAGCUGAGAGAACCUUUGCUGGGCUCAAACGAAAGACUGAUGGCACUUUUGACGAUGGUGAACUCAUGAACAUAAUGACUGAAGCCAUCGAAGAGGUUGCUGGAUCCUUCGGUCCCAAAAAUGUUCCAAAGGCACUCCGUGGCGUUGAGAUCCUCGGCAUGCAAAUGGCCCGUAAAUGGGGUUGCGCCUCUCUCAAUGAGUUCCGCAAAUUUUUCGGAUUAAAGGAGUAUCAGACUUUCGAGGAGAUCAACUCCGACCCAGAGAUCUCUGGAGCUCUUCGCAAUCUCUACGAGCAUCCUGACCACGUUGAAUUGUACCCCGGUAUUGUUGCCGAGGAGCCAAAGAUUCCUAUGGUUCCUGGAGCUGGUAUCUGUCCAACAUACACUAUUUCUCGUGCCAUCUUGUCUGAUGCUGUGGUGUUGGUCCGUGGAGAUCGUUUCUACACUGUUGAUUACCAUGCGAAGAACUUGACCAACUGGGGUUACGCUGAGACUCACUAUGACCUCAGUGUCAACCAGGGCUGCAUGUUCUACAAGCUCAUGCUCAGGGCAUUCCCUAACCAUGUCAAGAGCGAUUCGAUCUACGCUCAUUUCCCAAUGACUAUCCCAAGCGAGAUGAAGAAGGUCAUGACUGAUCUCGGUCGACAUGACAACUUCUCCUGGGACCGGCCGGCCUUUAUUCCUCCUCGUGUAAACAUCACCUCUUACAUGGGAGCAAAGACUAUCUUGGAAAACUCCAAGGACUUCCGUGUCACCUGGGGAGAGGCUACUGGUUUCCUCUUCGGCAAGGGAGGACUGGACUUCAUGCUUUCUGGAGACAGUACGUUCCAUGGCCAGCAGCGCAAGACCAUGGGCAAGGCGUUGUACCACAGCGAAUGGAAGAAGCAUAUCAAGGAGUUUUACGAGGAUAUCACCAUCAGGCUUCUCAGGGAGAAGACUUGCAAGAUCGCAGGCAUCAACCAGGUUGAUAUCACCAGAGACAUUUUCGGCUUGCCAUUGAAGACUGCAGAGAACCCCAAGGGUAUCUACACCGAACAUGAAAUGUUCAUGAUCAUGUGUUUGAUCUUUACCACUAUAUUCUUCGAUCUGGACCCUGCCAAAUCCUUCCCGCUCAGACAGGCCGCCAGAACUGUUGCUCAGCAACUUGGCCAGAUUAUGGAGGCCCGUGUCAAAGCCGUCAAGGGAGGUAUUCUCUCCCUGUUCAGCCGUAUGGGUGAGAACAAGAAUGCCCUGUCCCAGUACGGUGUCCAUAUGAUCCGCCGCCUCCUCGAUUCAGGGCUCAGUGUUGAGCAAGUUACCUGGUCUCAGGUCAUGCCAACUGCAGGAGCUAUGAUUCCAAACCAGGCUCAAGUGUUUACUCAAAUCAUUGACUACUAUCUCUCCGAGGAGGGCAAGGUUCACCUGCCAGAUAUCAAACGCUGGGCCAAUGAGAAAACCGACGAGGCCGAUGAGAAACUUCUCCACUACUGCAUGGAAGGUAUCCGCUUGAACGGUACCUUCGGAUCCUACCGCGAGUCUACUGCAGCUCUUGACAUCGAUGAUGAUGGCCGCAAUGUGUCCGUCAAGCCUGGUGACAAGGUCUUCGUCAGCUUCGUUGGUGCUGCCCGUGAUCCCAACAUCUUCCCCUCGCCACAUGAAGUCCGCCUUGACCGUCCCUUGGAUUCAUACAUCCACUACGGUGAGGGCCCGCACGCCUGUCUAGGCAAGGAUGCAAACAUGAUCGCACUUACGUCUAUGCUGCGUGUUGUUGGUGGUCUAGACAACCUCCGCCGAGCUCCAGGGCCCCAGGGCGAGCUGAAGAAGAUCCCGCGUCCAGGUGGCUUCUAUAUCUACAUGCGCGAGGACCAGAGCGGCUACUUCGUCUUCCCAAUGAGUAAGUUACCAAUUGUCCAGGUUCUAUGA